AUGUUCCCUCACCAGGGUGGCCAAGGCCAGCUCCCAACCCACUGGCAGCCGCCCACCUCGCAGCAGCCUGCAAAUGGCUCUUAUGCCCAGCCUCCACACAUGAACACGACGCUCCCACCUCCUCCACCCCAAGAGCCGCGACCUGACAUGGCUCAACAUCCUCAAUACCAGCAACAGCAACCCUACCGCCUGCCCGGCCCAAACGAGUGGACACGCGCUCCUCCACCAGCCGACCCAUACCGCCAGCAGCCUCCUCCACCACCACAGUAUGUCCAGCAGCACCACCAGCCGCCAGCGCCCCGCCAGCGGACUGCCAUUGCCUGCCGUUAUUGCCGUCGUCGCAAGAUCCGCUGCUCCGGCUUCGAGGCCACCGAGGACGGCCGCUGCUCAAACUGCAUGAGAUUCAACCAGGACUGCAUCUUCACUCCAGUCUCUGCCCAGACUCAGGCUUUUGUUCCUGCCCACACCGUCUGGCGCGGUGUCGGCCAACCCCCGCCCAUGUACGGUGCCUACGGGCAACCUCUUCCUCCUGCCAGCCACGGAGAGCCCUACGGGCAAGGGCCUUCGCGCCAACAGCAGCAAUAUCUGCCUAGUCCCACUGCAGGAAGAGGCUUCAUCCUGAGCCUCACACUCCAACCCUGCCCCCGCCACAACCUGGCUCAGCGCUACAGGCUCCUCAUCGAGGCACUGGACCAGAGUAUGCCUAUCCCGAGCCACCGUCUCUAA